AAAUCAGAAAUUAAAAAAAAAAAAAAAAGAUUAUUUGCAUAAAAUUUCGGUUUAGAUCUUGGAAUUAUUUAGUUUUGGGUUUUUUGCCGCGUAUCGAAAGAGUUGUGACCCAUACAGAUAUGGCGACGAGAUGUGCCACGAUGCUGCGGCGAUAUUGCAUGAUAAUGCGACAAAAUUUUUCCAAAAGCUGCGAAGACAAAUUGAAUGACCAGAUCAAUAUGGAGCUGAAGGCCUGCCAUCAAUAUUUGGCGAUGGCCUAUCAUUUCGAUCGAGCAGACGUCAGCUCGCCGGGCAUACAUGGCUUCUUUCUGAAAGCCAGCCUGGAGGAGCGCGAUCAUGCCGAGCUGAUCAUGAAGUAUAUGAAUAAGCGCGGCGGCUUAAUACGUUUGGGAACGGUGCCCGAGCCGGUGGGCGAGUUCAGGGAUGCGAUGGAUGCUCUGAAGCAUGCGCUAGAAUUGGAAUUGGAGGUGAAUCAGCAUCUGCUGGAUGUGCAUGCGCUGGCCAGCAAGGAGAACGAUCCGAACCUGUGCGAUUUCAUUGAGGCCAACUUUCUGCAGGAGCAGGUCGACGGCCAGAAGAUAUUGGCCGACUUCAUACGCCAAUUGGAGCGUGCCAAGAGCGAUACUGGGGACUAUCUGUUCGACAAGUAUCUCAUCUCGGCGGGCAUGCAUCAGGCCAAGAAGCGCGAAAAUUGAGAGCUCUUAUAUCUCUCGUUCUGUUACUGCUUCUUUGUUUGCUUUUGUAUCAGUUCAAUGGCAAUAGUCCCGGUAGCCCAGUAUAUGUCUAUAAAUAAUAAUAAUACA